AUGGGGUUCUUCUCCUUCAUGCGAGAUGAGCGCCUCGUCGCUGUCGGCUUCGGCAUAGCGACAGUAAGCUGUAUUGCUGCCAUGCGCGCCAUUCUUGUGCACUCACGCGACAAAGCCGAGAUCCAGCCUGCACAGCCCAAGACGCAAUACAUUACACAAGCCACAGAAGACUCACUCAAGCUGAGCACACUAAACACACUCCUGCAUCAUUAUAAUUUUGCCAUACGCGAUACGACUCUCAGGAUAGUAGCUGGUCGCGCCGUAAAUGACCAGUCAGCCAUCAAUGAUUUGCUUUGGGGUAUCACUCGCCGGGACUAUGAUGAACGGAUGGGAAGCCUACGCGCCCUUACCUUUGCUCUAGAAGACAAUUCCUAUAGGAGUUCGUUGGUACGUGUACUUAAUACUACGAAAGGUUAUAAUGCAAUCGUUCGAUCCUUAGAAUUAAGCCUUGACGAUGUCGAGCAUGAAGUGCUCGACGAUCCCCUCUACGAUGAAUAUCUCCUGCGCGACAUAGGCGAACAACGUUGCCUCUUACUAGUCUCAGUAUUAAUCCACCACCAUGGCGUGGUAAAACUAGUUGAAGCCCAAUUCGUUGAGAAGUGGCUAGCCAAACAGCCAUGGGGCGACACGGACGAGGCGAGACGAAAAAACUUCGCCAUGUAUAUGGAUCGCAAGAAGAAUAGGAUUAGCGACAUAUGCCUGCACCUGAGGGCAUGUAAAGCCGGACGGAAAGCGCUUGUCAAAGCAAAAUUAACUACGAAAUCAAAGAAACCCAAAAGAGACCGAUCUGCAAAUAUCAAGGUUGUCUUGGAGAUUAGUAUGGCAAAUGAGGAGGAUAGUGUCGUUGAGACGUCACAGAUUGAACUCGUACCUCGGGUGAAUGAUCAGAGUGUCGAAGAGCAACGGUUACGUAGACGACACCGAGAAGCCAUGGUCUUGAACGAUGGAACGCAUUCAUUAGGGCGCGGCGAUAUAAUUGAGCGAGAACACGACUCCAAUAGUUGAAAAAUGGCCUCGGCGAUGACAGACGCUCAAUAGCCAUACUAGCGAGAUCAGCCAGGUAGACUUCCCAAUGAGCUGUCGCAGAUUGGUACGGAUAUCACGUUCUACGAUGCUAAAAGCCCUCGCCCCGACAUCGAGAACCCUUCCCUGUACCAGGCAGGCACAAUGCAGGUGGGCAAUAUGGGGGUCUCAAGAUUUUGUAACUGUUAAUGACCAAAGGAUAUGCAUUGUCGACAAUCGCACUAGGCAUUUCACCUCGCCCGCCGUAUACCU